GGAGCAGCUACUUAAAGGGAGCUGGAACUCAGAAAAAAAACCAGAGAGUCACACGGAAAUAAAAUAGCAACUCCAGCAUCCUCCAGAGGACUCUCGUCAUGAAGGCCCUGCUGCUGUUGGCAAUGAUCAUGGCCUUUGGCUUGUGGGAGGCCCAUGGGAAUCUUCUGAAUUUCCGGAAAAUGAUCAAGUUCACGACGGGAAAAGAACCUUCAACCACUUACGGCUUCUACGGCUGCUACUGCGGCCUGGGUGGCACAGGGACCCCCCUGGACGCGACAGAUCGGUGCUGUGCUACCCAUGACUGUUGCUACACCCGCCUGGAGAACAGUGGCUGUGGCACCAAACUCCUGAACUACCACUACAGCCUCAGCGGGAACACCAUCACCUGCGAAGACACAGACUACUGCCGGAGUCAGCUGUGUCAAUGCGACAGGACCGCUGCCUACUGCUUUGCUGCCAAUCAGAAUACCUAUAACAAGAAGUACGAGUACUAUUCCAACAGCCGCUGCUCCCAAGUCAAGCAGACUUGCUGACGGGCCCUGGACACCUGCUGCCCCGUGCUGAAUUUCCUUGUCUCACGCCCACUCCCACCCUCACCCACAAGACCUGGUCCUGGGGAAAACACUCCUGUCCCACCCUGGAGACAAGGCAGGAGCCCUUCUGUGGCCACCCAGGACAAGAAGCGCCUGCCUGGGGUGGGUCUGACCGGGCCCCUUUCCCUGCUUCCUUGGGCAGCUGGGCAUCUCCCCAGGUCCCGCACUCUCCUCCAAGGCCACUCCCUGCUUAGCACUCAGAGCUCCACCCUCUUCUGAAUAAAGCGAUUCCCCAGCAAA